UUUACUAACCGCUGAUAAACUGAUGUUUCACAGGUGUGGCUCUAAUUUUAUUUCAAACAAAAUAGGUAAAUACAUGAAUUAAAAUAAAAUGGAAAAACAUAAUAAAUUAUAUGUUAAUAAACACGAAAGAUAUUUUUUGAGAUUCUUGGAUAUCCUACCAUCAGCAUUAGAAAAAUUUGAUGCUACCAGGGUAUUGCUCACAUACUUCUGUGUAUCUGGUCUAGAUAUCCUAAAUGCCUUAGAUAAAAUAGAUAAUAAGAAAAGAGAAGCUAUUAUAAAUUGGAUAUAUAAACUUCAAGUUGUUAACGAAGAAGAGGAGGUUAGUGGAUUUCAAGGUUCAUCUACAUUGAGCACAAUAAAAAAUAAGUCAAAAAACUCUCCAUUGAAAUGGGGCCACAUAACUGCCACCUACACAGCAUUAUGCACCUUGGUGAUUCUAGGAGAUGAUUUGAGUAGAGUGAAUCGCAAAGCCAUAGCUCAUAGUUUAAAAAAACUGCAACUGCCAAGUGGCUGUUUUACUGCAGCAAAGGAAGGCACAGAGAGUGAUAUGAGAUUUGUUUUCUCUGUAGCAAGUGUAUGUUAUCUGAUUGAUGAUUGGUCAGGGAUGGAUGUCGACAAGACUAUCGAUUUUAUCUUAAAAAGUAUAUCAUACGAUAACGGAAUAGGCCAGGAGCCAGGGGCUGAGGCUCACGGUGGGUCUACAUAUUGCGCCAUUGCGACUUUAGCGCUGUGCAAGAGAUUAAAUAGUUUGUCAAGGAGACAACUUGAUGGUAUUAUUCGAUGGUUGGUGUUUCGACAACAGAGCGGUUUCCAAGGACGACCAAACAAACCGGUUGACACUUGUUAUUCGUUCUGGGUAGGCGGAGCGCUAAAAAUAUUGGGUGUUUAUGAUCUGAUUGACUUUCAAGAGAAUUACACUUCGGUUAUUUUAACCCAAAGUAAAAUUAUGGGUGGUUUUGCUAAAUGGGUUGGACUGAACGGAGAUCCACUUCAUAGUUACUUGGGUUUAGCCGGACUUACGUUUAUGAAAUUGGAAAAGUGUCAGCUUAAUCAAGUGGUUCCUGAAUUAAACAUCACCGUCAACGCGUUUCAACAGUUAAAAGUUAUCCACGAUAAAUGGAGAUCAAGUUAAACUUAACGCACAAAUUGAGUACCUUAAAAUUGUUAUUAUUCAUGUACUGAUUUUUCGUCAAUUUUAUUAAUAAAUGUUAAUAUUAAAAUUCAA